AUGUCUACGAAACAAUCGCUAAAGAACCGUAAAAACCGGAAGUAUAAUAAGCGAUGGGUCAUUGUUUCCUUUACGGAAUCAAACGAUUACAGUGUUGUGCCUGUUAAUUGGCUAAUUUUACCACCAACAUUGGAGCUAACCGCGGACAACAUUUCAAUAGUUGAACUUUGUCGAUGGCCUCCAUUUAAUGUAACGAGCAUUGAACUAACAAACGCGGAUGAUCCAGAAGAUUUAUGGGGCUUAUUCAAAAUUAAAAUCUUGUCCAGUAAAAUAUAUGUCAAUUUCAAAGAAGCCUGGCAUCAACGUGUGGAGAUUGAAAGUUCUGCUACAGAAAAUGAACCUGAAGUACUCAAAAAGAAAAAGAAAAACCGCCAAAGAAGUUCAUCUGAAGAUGACGACAGUGACUUUGAAGAUUGUAGCAUAUCAGUAACACCUAUCAGCAAAAAACUAAAAAAAGAUGUGCCGUUAACAUAUACUGAAUUGCUGGUGAGGAAUUCUGAUGAAGAAUUCAAUUGUGAACUAGAUUCUGUAUUACCACUGGCAGUAGAAAUUGCAGCUAGUUCCUCAGUAUCAUACAUAAUUAAUGAUGACAUACAUACGCAGACAACGUCUCAGGUUAAAAAUACUGAUGAAAUACAAUUAUAUGAACCAUAUGAACCAUUUAUUGUUCCUAAUACCUCAUACAGUACAACCAGUACUGGUAGUUUAAAUCAGAAAAUUCUUGAUAUUUUAACUUUAUGCAAUUGGAACAAGUCAACAUUAAAAAAGAGUUAG